GAAAUGGGCGGGGUAGUGGGAAUUAUUAAGUGGGUCAAAAAAAACAUUUGGACAAUUUUGACUUCUGUUUAACAGCUAAAAUUUUACUAAUUGGCUGAUGUUUGCUUCUUUAAAAAUCAUCUGCUUUUUUCAUUUACCAGACACUAACCUUGGCAAAUGAACACUUAAAACUGCUAAAACUUGGUAAACAAAUCAACUUUCCUUCUGUUAAAACGGCUUAAAUAUGAUUUUUCAAAACAAGUAAAUGGCUGUUAUUGACGGUGGGCGGUAGAUGAACCAGCGCGACUUUUAAGAAUAAUCUAUUCUUACAUGAAUCUCACAGUAACCUUAGGAUAUUACCACUUGAAAAAUGUGACACUUGGACAACAAAUCACCAUCAACUUCAUUUUAAAUGGCCUGCCAAUGACAAACGUUCAGUCCGUCUGGAAUUAAAUGGACAACACUGAAUGGAUUGGACGUGUAUCCCCGUCAAUGGCACCGAAACAUGAGCGUUUAACGUCAACCAUCCCAGUUCAAACGGAUUUGACUUCGUCAAUGCGAAGUGAAUACGUUAACAACAGCGUCCUCGUGUGGUGGGAUUACUUCAGAGCGGAGUUUUUUUCCCCCCUGAACUAUUUUAAAUACCAAAAAAAAAACAUUUUUAAAAAUGUGAUUUGCAUGUCGACACCCGUUCAGUCCCAACGCACCACCGACUCAAAUUACAUUCCGCUAAAUGAUGGAAUUAUGAAUCUAAAAAAAAAUGUUUCAUCCUUGAGCAUCAUAUGCUAGCAGCUUGGUCAACCACGGAAGUGAGCAACGUCGAACCGUUUCCGGUUUUGACGCCUGUGACACUUGGUUAUUUCUCGUCCGAAACGUCGACCAAACACCACUUGCUCAUUGUGGUCGAGUCGUUAAAACAAUGACCUAAUUUAAAACUACUGGUCGAACGUGUCGGCGACGUCAUAUCCCGCCCUGGGCUUCUCGGUUAGCUGACGUCGUCUUAGCUAACUUUGCUACUAGUUGUACACCUCACUCGUCACCCACUUUUGCUAGCUAGCUAGCAAGUCUCGGCUUGGACGUAGAAAUAACGCCGAAAAGAAAGUGUUGAAACCAAGUUAAAAGUGUGGAGUUCGGCUCCCGGAAAAAGGACGGCUGACACCACAUGCUGCCAAAAUGAUGGACUUUGACAAUGUGCUGUCAAUCGCCACGCAAAACCAGGGAGUCAGCGGCGUACAGAAGAGAUAUAGUUUACAAGCGGGCCCCCCUAAAAAAGACCCCAAGUCAAAAGGGGUGAAUCCAGCAGCCGUGCAGGCACUCCUGCAGAAGCGACAAAAUGAGGCCAGAAAGAAAGAAAUCGAAUUUAAGAAACAGAAGGAGGACCUCCUGGCUAAAAGGGUGGAGCUAAAGUCGGAUCGGAAGGCCAGAGCCAUGGCUUCCAGAACCAAAGACAAUUUCCGAGGUUACAACGGCAUCCCGGUGGUGGACGUUCCCAAGAAGAGGCGCUCCAAGCAGGACGCGGAGACGGACGGGAAUCGGGAAACCUUUCGAAACCGUUACGUCGAGCCGGAGGACGACGGAGACGACGCCGAGUACGGCCCGACGGAUUCCGAACCCGACGAGGAACCGGAACCUCUCGGGAAAGACUCUCCUAAAAAAAAACUCGGCGGCGCUAAUCCCAAAUCGGCGCCGCCCCGCAUGAACUUUGCGGACUUGCUGAAAUUGGCGGAGAAGAAGCAGCACGAGCCGGUGGAGCUGAAAGCCAAAGCGGCCAAGGAGGAAAGGCUCCGGACGGCCGACGAGUUGAAGGAGCUGGAGCUGGAACGGAGGGCCAAAAACCGACACCGUCGGCCCGACGGGGAAGGGAGGCCUCCGUCCGACGUCGGAAAAAAUGAAGUCAAGAACAAGAGUUUAUCCGAAAAGCCCGACCCGUCCAAGGGAAUGUCGAGAAAGCCGUUAGCCCCGCCUCCCAAGGAGCGAGAUGGCGCCAAAACGCCGCUUCCUCCCAAAGCCAAACCGUCGUCACCCGCUACCCCGGGAAUCCCAAAAGAAAGCACUUCAUCAGUUCAAGGGCGACCGCGGUCCAAGAUUCACACAAGCAGAGAUGUCAAACCGUCUCUGAAUGAAAACACGACAAAAAACAGGCCGGGCGUGGCAAAGCCGGACCCGGAACUUCAGAGAGAAGCGGAAAAAUCUGCUCCGAAACAGGGACGCGAUUCCGCGGCUCGCCCUCCGGGAGGUACUAAAAUUCAGACUCCCGGCGCUCGGGCUCCACCUGCCGGCGCUCGGGCUCUGCCCACCGGAGUUCGGACUGCGCCCGCUAGAAUUCAAGCUCCUCCUGCCGGUGCUCGGGCUCCACCCGCUGGAUUUCGGACUCCUCCUGCCGCCGCCGGCGUUCGGGCCCCUCCUGCCGGCGUUCGGGCCCCUCCUGCCGGCGUUCGGGUCCCUCCUGCCGGCGUUCGGGCCCCUCCUGCCGGCGUUCGGGCCCCUCCUGCCGGCGUACGGGCCCCUCCUGCCGGAGUUCGGGCUCCCCCCGCCGGCGCUCGGACGGCCGACGGGCGAGGCUCAGGACCCGGGAGGCCCCAGUGCACGGUGGUGUCCCGGACCAUCUCGUCCGGAAACGUCAACUCGCUCAGACCCGGAGGGGUUCCGUCUCGGUCGGGGAUCCCGCCGAGACCUCUCAACAGACCGCCAGGUCCGCCGCUCCCGCCCAUCACCAUCGCGUACAAGAGAAAAUACGAGGAGGAGGAAGAGGAAUACGAUUCGGAAAUGGACGACUUCAUCGACGACGGCGGCGACGAACAGGAGGAGGUUUCCAAACACAUCAAGGAAAUCUUCGGCUACGACCGAAGCAGGUACAAGGAGGAAAGCGACUACGCCCUCAAGUUCAUGGAGAGCAGCUGGCGAGAUAUGCAGAAAGAGGAAGCCAGGAGUCUCAAAAUGGCCGUGCAGGAAGAUCUGGAGGAGGAGAAGAAAGAGCAAGAGGAGAUGAAACGCUUGAACGCCAAGCGCAGAAGAAACAACUGAACCCUGGUCCUUUAUUUCCUUGGUUUUGGCUAACCUUCAAAGGAAAAAAAAGAAUGUUCUUGACCUUAAA